AUGUCGAACGCAGUCGUAGGAACGGUCUACGAGCAGAUCAUCAAGGGUGUCAUGGAGGCGUCCCGGACCGACUUUGAAGAUAACGGCUUCGGAGAAAGUGAGAUCAACGAACUGCAGCAGGUAAGACUUUGUCGCCUUUUCUUUGCUUCUUCUCUCCCGCUGAAUGCCACUGGAACCACGCUGUUGGAGAAGUUUCUCCACGACACGGGCCUGGCAGCCCCGUUACUGGUUGUCCUGCUUGACGCACUCAUUCAACAUGUAUGGCAGCAGAAGUUGACCGCCAUGGGUGCUGCCUCCUUCCCGUGGGACCCAAAACCCGACGCACCGACACCACCUCCUCCAGCAGUUCAAGCGGACCAACAUCGUAUGGCUCCGGCGGCAGCUAACUACACACAAGCUACCUUGAGCCCCCCUACUGCAGCUCAGCCUGGCCUGGCCUUGCCGCGUCCCAACCCUCCCGCCAAUAACGGUGCGCAGCAAAAGAAGGAUGCCGGCACGGGUGAACCCGCCAUAAAGCUGGAGCCUGGCACUCAGCCUGUGGGACAGUUUGCACCACCCGCUGGUAACGCCACCAAUAUUGCCCAACAGCGGGCUAUGCAGAACAUUGCCAACUAUGCUGCCGCCAACAACAUGAUGCAGAGCGGCGCCCAGGCGCAACAACAGCGCAUGCCAAUGCCCAUGCCCAUGCCCCCUGCUCAGGCACAGCAGCAACAGCAACAACAGCAAGCAUACCAACAACACCAGCAACAAAUGCCGCCCAAGGCACAGCAGCAAAUGCAGCCACCGCAACAGCCUCAAAACGGGUCCCUCGGGCAAUCUCAGACGGAUGGUCCCGCUCACGAGGAAGACACCUGGGAAGCUGUCAUGAUGCGCCGCAACGCGGACGGCAGCAAAACGGAAAUGGGUCGUGUCGAGGUGGACCGGAUGCUGCAUGCGAAAAUCGCUGCUCAGGCCAAGGCUAUGGAGGGCGGUGGGCUCAUGCUCCCGCUCAAGCAGGUCAAAACAAAGAAGAACAAGGAUCAUCACCGUCGGGCAGCUCCACAAGCGACCAUUGCUGGGCCUAGCAGCAGUGGUGGCGCCAUUCCGCAGGUUGACGGACCCGGUGAUGAAGAUGAUGGAGAUGAAGACCUUGAUGACGCCAUCAACUCUGAUCUCGACGACGAGAACGAACCUGACGAGAGUGACGAGGACGGAGACGAGCUGCAGCAGCAAAUGCUCUGUCUUUACGACAAGGUUCAGCGCGUCAAGAAUAAGUGGAAGUGUACUCUCAAGGAUGGCGUCCUCUGUGUUAACGGCAAAGAGUAUGUUUUUCACAAGGCGACCGGCGAGUACGAAUGGUAG